GAGCGCCCGCCCGCUAUGUCCAGGAAGAAGACCCCCAGGAGCAAGGGGGCCAGCGCGCCCGCUGCCUCCGCGCCGCUCGCCGCCAACGGGUCCCGGCCGGCGCGCCCCAUCGGGCCCCCGCCGCCCGCCCGGCCCUCGCUGGGCGGCGGCGACUUCUACGACGUCGCUUUCAAGGUCAUGCUGGUGGGGGACUCAGGCGUGGGGAAGACGUGUCUGCUCGUGCGCUUCAAGGAUGGGGCUUUCCUAGCAGGGACCUUCAUCUCCACCGUGGGCAUCGACUUCCGGAACAAAGUUUUGGAUGUGGAUGGCGUGAAGGUGAAGCUGCAGAUCUGGGACACAGCUGGCCAGGAGCGGUUCCGCAGCGUCACCCACGCCUACUACCGCGACGCCCAUGCACUGCUGCUGCUCUAUGAUGUCACCAACAAGGCCUCCUUUGACAAUAUCCAGGCCUGGCUGACCGAGAUCCAAGAGUAUGCCCAGCAUAAUGUGGUGCUCAUGCUGCUGGGCAACAAGGUGGACUCUGCCCAGGAGCGUGUCGUGAAGAGGAAGGAUGGGGAGAAGCUAGCCAAGGUGAGCCAGGGUAGGUGGGUGGCCGGGGGUGUCUGUCCCUGGGGCUGUCCCCACCAGGCUGGCAGCGGCUGUUUGCAGGAGUACGGGCUGCCCUUCAUGGAGACCAGCGCCAAGACAGGCCUCAACGUGGACUUGGCCUUCACAGCCAUAGCAAAGGAGUUGAAGCAGCGCUCCAUGAAGGCCCCCAGUGAACCCCACUUCCGGCUGCACGACUACGUCAAGAGGGAGGGUCAAGGCACCUCCUGCUGCAGACCCUAAGCCUGGCUGGGCAAUGCCACUGCACAUCCUCUGGGAGGCCCCUGCAAGGCCGAAUGGAGGGUCUACAGGGUCCCCCUGGUUUAGUCACCCCAGGGUGUCUGUUUCUUGGCUCCCAGACAGACCGAGCCUUGCCUUUCUCAGAGCCUCAGUCCCAGCGGGCUUCUAGGAGCCACUAGGUCUGCAGCCCCGCUAACUUGCUGCUGCCCGAGGGCCUGGCCAAGGUUGGGCAGAAGAGCCGUGGUCUUCUGUACGGGGGGGGGGGGGGGGGGGCUCGCCAUGCACAGACGGUGAGGGGUGCCAGUCCCAAGCCGCGGCGCCCUGCUGCCCCCUCCUAAACACGCCCAGCUCCGAAGCCAGACCCCAGUGCCAGCACGUGUACAGUGAGUGCCUAACCCCUUAGAAAGCCAGGUCUUCAGCUGCGCACGUGCCCAGGCAGGGUAAGGCAGGACUGCUGUCCACGCCUGGGGCAGAAGGCUUCGCCGCAAAUCAUCGCAUCGUGCAUUUGUGCCGCAAGGACCAGAGCCAUCUGCUCCCAGCUCACCUGCCAGGAGACUCUGGUUCAGACAUCAACGGGUCUUCCUUCCACACGACCUUGAAGAACGCCACGGUUGUGGCUUUGUGAUACAGAACAGCAUGUGGGAAAUCACAGAAAAGUCAGAGAGAACUGCCAGCCCCGGGGAGGCCUGUGCUCAGUCAGGGCAAGCCAGGGGGCUGGUAGCACGCUCCACCUUGUACGGAAAUCUUCAAGUCAGUCUUUAGAAUAAGAGCCUUUGUUUUCAGUUCUAGUGAAUAAAGUUGUGUUUUCUGGA